ACAGCAAACAGUAAUGUAAUGAUCGAAAUAGGUUAAUUUCGUCAACUGGAAUAAGUAGAUAGUAGAUGUGCCUAAUGAUCUAAAAUAGUUAUGGAUGUUAUUAAUGUCGCCGAUUGUUGUAGAGCUUGUUUAAGAAUAGAUUGCACUCUAACUCCUACAAGUGCCCAGGACAAUGAUUCAAUUAAAUUUCAUGAUAAACUUGUAUCAUGUGUUGCUGAAGUGACUUGGAUAAAAGAGGGUUUACCCUCUCUAAUAUGUGGGACAUGUAUAGAACGCUUAAGAAUUGCUUAUGAUUUUCGGAUAGUUUGCCUACAGUCAGACCAUACAUUAAAUAGGUAUAUUAGUCAUCUAGAUGACACCAAGCAGAAUGUAAAUAUAGUUGGGAGGCCUUUAAUGACGCCCACAAAAUUCGAAUUUGGUUUACAAACUAGUAACAAUGAAGUUAUACCUUUAAUUGGAGAAGAACCACAGAAUGCAGAAUAUCUCCAUUUAAAACACUUCCUGGAUAACGAUGAAGAACUUACAAAAGCUGAAAAUUUGGUGGACACCGCUACUUCCAGAAGCAGUAGUCCUGACGCUGCCACAACAGAACAUAAUAUUUUAGGUUAUAUCACUACCCAACAACUCCAACACCCACAACUGCCACAGGAACACAUUCAUCAAAACCAGCACGCGGUACAACAUCAUCAACAGCAGCAGCAACAGAUUCAUCAACAACCGACGCAACAGCCAGAACAGCUGCAGCAGCAUCAGCAUCAACAGCAGCAGCCACAACAACAGUUGCCUGAGUUGCAUACGCAAACCCAACAACACGAGCAACAAAAUCAUCAGACUCACCAGAAUCUUCAAAACCAUCAAAACCAUCAAACUCACCAGGAGAUGCAUACUUUAGUGCUACAAAAUAUGCCACCUGUUCAGGCGGCCCCUCCUCCUCAAAUUCAAGUUGUACAGCCCAGACAAGUUAUUAAGCGCACUACUGGUAUUCAAGUUCGACCCCCUACUCCUAAUACAGGGGAUCAGGAUUCUUCUGAUGUUAAGCCUUUCACUUGUACCGAAUGUGGGAAAAGGUAUAGAAAAAAUGCAAACUUGAGGAUUCAUAUGAGGACCCACACCGGCGAAAAGCCUUUUGAAUGUAAAUAUUGCGAGAAAAGGUUUUAUCAUUCAUCGCACCUUAGGGAACACAUUCGUCGCCACACGGGCGAGAAACCCUUCCAGUGCGCAGUAUGCAACAAACGUUUCACGAUAAAAGGCGAACUCACCAUGCAUAUGAAGUCGCACACGGGCGAAAAGCCUUACGCUUGCACUUGCUGCGAUCGGAGGUGCCUAACGGCCGCCGAUUUAAAAGUCCACAUGCGCACCCACACCGGAGAAAAACCGUUCAGCUGCGUCACUUGCGGCAAGAAGUUCGCCAGCACGUACAUACUGAACUCACACAUUAAGACGCACACGGGCGAGCGUCCCUACUCGUGUUCGAAUUGUGAUAAAACGUUUACCCAGUCCUCUCACCUGAACGUUCACAUGCGCAAGCACACCGGAGAGAAAGUCAGCUGUAAGAUCUGCGACGCGAAAUUCACCCACUCCUCCCAGCUGACGGUGCAUAUGAGGGAGCACACGGGCAAGCAGCCUUACAAGUGCACCAUGUGCGACAAGAUCUGCAAUUACGCCUCGGAAUUGCAAACGCACAUGAUGAAACACACGGGGGAGAAGUUCACUUGCGUCACGUGCGACAAGAAGUUCACGACGGCGGCUUAUUUGCACGAGCACACGCGUACGCAUACCGGGGAGAACCUGUCGACGUGUACGAUCUGCGACAGGCAGUUCACCCGGCACCAGUACUUGGAGAAACACAUGCGGACGCAUACGGGGGAGAAGCCCUAUACUUGUUUUAUUUGUAGUAAGAAGUUUACUCAAUCGUCGAGUUUGAAAGUGCACAUUCGGAUACAUACGGGGGAGAAGCCGUAUGCGUGUAAUAUGUGCGAUCGGAAGUUUACCACGUCGUCGGAUCUGUCGUCCCAUAAUAAGAAACACAAAAAGUACAUCAGUUUGUAAUGUAUUGUUUAUGGGAUUUUAUUUGUGAUACGGUAUUAUUUUAGUUGAGAGCAGGGUGGUACUGCUGGUUUUAAUCAGGGCCUUUUUUUAAUAAAUUGUGGAAUUUUAUCGAACAUUUACAACGGUUUUAAAAAUAUCAAUAUUUUUUAUUUUAAAUGUUUAUUUUAUGUCGAUCGUUAAGAUUUGUUGCUGGACAAUGAAAAAUAAAGGUAAGUGUAAGUUUUUAGCGAUGAAAUUUGCUAUUAUCUAUCAAAUAUUUUUUUAUUUUUUGUCAAACUCGCAAAGUGCGCGUUGUCCUUAGAAAGUUAAAUUUUAAUUUACUUUUGCGACAGCAUUUUACUAUUCUAAUCUAAAAUUAUGUGGUCUUUCCUAGAAAUUUUUUUCAAUUUUUAAGAAUUUUUCCACGCAUCCGCUAUAACAAAUAAAAUUACCGGAACCAAACUGUUGAUACCUUGGUUUUUGUUACUUUCACGUGAAAUACUAAAAUCUGAUGGAUACAUAUUUCUACUAUAAACGUCGAAUAGAUUUAUUGCAAAUGUCACAACUUUUUCCCCCUUUUUGUCAAGUUUAAUAGUAUUUUGAGGCACCUUUAAAAAAAAUGUCGUUACGUAAAUAAGGGGGCUGUAUGUCAAAUAUGAA